AUGGAAAACGCCGGCUAUGAACAAGAGGAUCCGAACGGAGAACCACAGCAAGCUUCAAGCACAAUCGACGUGCCCGACAAUUUCCAGGAAGAAAAAGACACUACAAAAGAAAGAAAGACCCCUUGGAAAAAUACAUGUUUAACAGCAUGCCUCGUCGUUACAGUUGCACUGCUCAUAGCUGCACUUGCAGCGUUUGCCGUAGUUCUUUGGCGUAUUUUAGUACAGGAGAACAAUGUGUCGACUGGAGGUUGGUCACAAGAGGAGAUAACUACAGCGGAAAAAUUAUAUGGCGGGCAUGGACAAUGGAGUAGAUUUUCGUCAUGUUCCGUAUCAUGUGGCAAUGGGCUCAAGACAAGGACACGACCGUGUAUCCUGGCAUCAGAUGAUUGUUCUGGCAAUUGGGAGGAAACAAAAGUGUGCCAGGAAAACCCAUGUCCAGUUAAUGGUAAUUGGGGCCAGUGGAGCGGCUGGGGUGAUUGUAAUAAAACGUGUGGAGAUGGCGGAGUGAGGAAUAGAACUAGAUCCUGCAAUAAUCCUUCGCCAGAACAUGGAGGAAAUGAGUGCCCGGGAUCUGCGGUGGAACACAAAACAUGUACAUUACCAAACUGCAGUACAGAACUUGAUUUGGGAGAGGCUUGCAAACCUGGCUAUACGUGCAGCGAUCCAAAUGCUGAGUGCAGAGAUAAUGGAGAUGGAGAAAAAUGUACUUGCAAGGCGGCGUUUGUUCAAAAGCAGUUUAAUAAUGCCCAAGCAUGCACAGAGACAACCACACGUACGGCUUCAGUCCUCAUAUUGGGAGGUGGUAUGGCUGGCGUUAUGGCGGCAAAGACACUCAAUGAAGCUGGUAUCACGGAUUACAUUAUAAUAGAGGCUCAACCGAGGCUUGGAGGCAGAAUUUCAGACAUUAAAUGGAAUGGAUACACCUUGGAACAGGGUGCGGCAUGGAUACAUGGCUUAGAUGGAAAUCCUAUGUGGGAUCUUGCUCAAAAGUAUAAUUUAAGUGGAUUUAUAACAGAUUACGAAGACUAUAUUGCACGAGACGCGAACGGAAAUGACGUCACUUAAGAAUAUGAUUUGGUUUACGACCGAUUGAUGCCUGCUCAGGAUUUUGAAUACGACUUAAACAUAGAGAAGCUUGAAAACGACGGUAGUGAUAUUACUAAAGAUGUUGCACUUCGACUGG